AUGGCCUCGUCCAACAGCUUUGGGCAGCUAGGGCUGUCCAUCUUGGGGCUUGGCUCCCAAUACCCACCAUUCGGGCUCAAGCCUGACGCCAUAGACACUCUGGCGAAGCGUUACCAUCCAGAGAGCCCGUCUAUGAAGAAAGUGUGCGCCAUCAACCAGUUCACUGGCAUCGACACCCGCUCGUCCAUAGGCAAUCCCGACCACCCAGUCGUCAAUCAUCCGGAUCCUCCCACUAUAGCACAGCUUCAUGAGGUAUUCAUGAACGAUGGAGUACCACUCGCUGUGAAAGCUGCCCAAAAAGCCAUCGCUGAAGCCAGAGUCGACCUCGACCAAAUUACACACGUCGUCUCGACAACAUGCACCGACAGUGGGAAUCCCGGCUUCGAUCACUUUGUCUGCCAGGAGCUAGGACUCUCUUCCCAGGUCGAGAGGGUUCUCCUCCACGGGGUUGGUUGCGCAGGUGGAUUGACCGCACUGAGAACGGCAGCGAACCUCGCCUUGGGUCACAGCUACCGAGGGAAGCCAGCGCGCAUAUUGGUCCUUGCACUCGAAGUGAGCACGACAAUGGUACGGAGUGAGUUGGAGAGUAUCGACAAGCUUCAGGAGACAAGAAUAGGAGUGUGUCUCUUCUCAGACUGUGCCAGCGCCGUGGUUCUCAGCAAUGGUUUGGGCAACGAGGGCUCUGUUCCUGGACGCCCGGUGUACGACUUGUUGGGUUGGGACAACCGAAUCAUCCCAGAAACGACAAAAGAUCUGGGCUUUGAUGUCGACCCAGUGGGCUGGAAGGUGGUUCUCUCGCCACGCGUGCCGAAAAUCGCCCAAGGUGCUCUGCAGGAAACUUUUGCGGAUCUGAUGUCCUCAUUGAAACUACCACCACCAUGGGACGAUGCCAAGCCAUCCGAAUUUGACUGGGCCAUGCACCCAGGAGGUGCGACGAUUCUCAGUGGUGCGGAGAAGGCGAUGGGAUUGGUCCCGGAGCAUAUGAGGGCGAGCUAUGACACGUACAUUAACCAUGGCAACUCCAGCAGCGCCACAAUUUUCAGCGUACUGGACCGCUUGCGGUCAAAAGACAUGGACGCUUGCACACCAGAUGGCAGAGGACCGAAAGACCAUGUCGUGGGCUGUGCCUUCGGACCUGGCGUGGCAGUGGAGAUGUGCAUGUUGAAGAGGCACUUCGCGCCCCGCGCGGAAGGAACGGGCCUGCAGACUCCACCCGAGACCGAGAGUGAGCAGAGUAGUGAGAAGAGCGAUGAUGGAGAGGACAGUGUUCUUGACGUUGAAAAUGAGGCGACAAUGAAAGAUACCACACGGGCUGAUGCGGGGACGGACAGCUUCAUCAGCCAGGCACUUGCAUCUGUAGAGCUUGAUUGA